AUGAGACCCGAAGUUGAGCAGGAGCUCGCCCAUACGCUCCUCGUAGAGCUCCUCGCAUACCAGUUCGCCUCUCCCGUGCGGUGGAUUGAGACUCAAGAUGUCUUCCUUGCCGAAAAAACCGCUGAGCGGAUCGUCGAGGUCGGUCCCGCUGAUACUCUCGGCGUGAUGGCCAAGAGGACGCUCGCCUCCAAGUACGAAGCCUUCGAUGCUGCGAAAUCAGUACAACGACAGAUUCUUUGCUACAACAAGGACGCCAAGGAGAUUUACUACGAUGUUGAUCCCAUCGAGGAGGAGCCAGAACCAACACCAGCCGCUCCCGCCGCUGCCUCAAGCAGUGCAGCCCCUGCUGCUGCUCCCGCCGCUGCUGCACCAGCACCGAGCGCUGGUCCGGCUGCGCAAGUUCCAGAUGCCCCAGUCACUGCUAUGGACAUUGUGAGGUCUCUGAUUGCCCAGAAGCUGAAGAAGUCCUAUGCCGAGAUUCCUCUCAGCAAGGCCAUCAAGGAUCUUGUCGGUGGCAAAUCUACUCUCCAAAACGAAAUAUUGGGCGACCUCCAAAAAGAAUUCGGAACAACACCCGAGAAGCCAGAAGACACCCCCCUGGAUGAGCUCGGUGCGUCCAUGCAGGCCACCUUCGACGGUAACCUUGGCAAGGUUUCUCAAGGCCUAAUCGCCCGUCUCAUCUCCUCCAAAAUGCCUGGUGGCUUCAACGUCACAUCUGCACGCAAGUAUCUCGAGACCCGCUGGGGCCUAGCUUCGGGUCGCCAGGAUGGUGUGCUGCUGCUCGGAAUCACAAUGGAGCCAGCCACUCGAUUGGGCUCCGAGGCCGACGCCAAGGCCUUCCUCGACGAUGUUGCACAGAAGUACGCCUCCAACGCCGGUAUCAGCCUGACAACGGCUACGGCUGCUGAUACUGGUUCUGGCGGCGGUGGCAUGAUGAUGGAUCCGGCCGCCAUCGAUGCGCUCACCAAAGACCAGAGGGCACUCUUCAAGCAGCAGCUCGAGCUAAUUGCGCGGUACCUAAAACUCGAUCUACGUGCUGGUGACAAGGCGUUCAUCGAUGAGCAGAAGUCGACCAAGGUUCUGCAGGCUCAAUUGGACCUGUGGAGCACAGAGCAUGGCGAUUUCUACGCGGCUGGCAUCGAGCCCUCCUUCAACCCCCUGAAGGCCAGAACAUACGACUCCUCAUGGAACUGGGCCCGCCAAGAUGCGUUGACCAUGUACUACGAUAUAAUUUUCGGGAAAUUGCAGGUUGUCGACCGUGAAAUUGUCAGCCAGUGUAUCCGCCUCAUGAACAAGUCCAAUCCGACACUCCUCGAGUUCAUGCAAUACCACAUCGACCACUGCCCCACGGAGCGUGGGGAGACGUACAAGCUGGCGAAGGACCUGGCAACACAGCUGCUCGAAAACUGCAGGGAAGCUCUAGCUGUUGAUCCUGUCUACAAGGAUGUCGAGUUUCCCACAGGACCUCGCACAACAAUUGAUCUUAAGGGCAACCUGAGUUAUGAGGAAGUGUCACGUCCGGACUGCCGAAAGCUGGAGACUUAUGUCCAGCAAAUGGCUCUCGGCGGCAAGAUCUCUGAGUACCCUGCCAGGUCCAAGGUGCAGAGCGAACUUGGUCGCCUGUACAAGCUGAUCAAGGCGCAGCACAAGAUGGCCAAAGGUUCUCAGGUGGAGCUCAAGAACAUCUACAGCGACGUCAUUCGCUCCCUGAACAUGAACGAGAACCAGAUUUUGAAGGAGGAUUCGAAGCCUGGCCUUCUGGCCAAGAAGGUUGCCAAGCCCAAGGGCAAGACCGAUUGCAUCCCGUUCCUUCACCUGAAGCAAAAGUCCAUGAACGGCUGGGACUACAGCAAGAAGCUCAGCAACGUCUACCUUGACUGCAUGGCGGACGCAGCCAAGAACGGUAUCAGUUACGCUGGCAAGUACGCCCUCAUGACUGGCGCUGGUGCUGGAUCCAUCGGUGCCGAAGUCCUGCAAGGUUUGAUUCAGGGCGGUGCCCACGUUAUUGUCACCACCAGUCGUUUCUCUCGCCAGGUGACCGAGUACUACCAGGCGAUGUACGCCCGCUAUGGUUCUCGUGGCUCACAGCUCGUGGUUGUGCCCUUCAACCAGGGCAGCAAGCAAGAUGUUGAGGCUCUGGUUGACUACAUCUACGACUCCAAGAAUGGCCUGGGUUGGGACCUUGACUAUAUUGUCCCAUUUGCUGCCAUUCCCGAGAAUGGUCGUCAGAUUGAUGGCAUUGACUCCAAGUCCGAGCUGGCUCAUCGUAUCAUGCUCACCAACCUUCUUCGCCUGCUUGGUUGUGUCAAGACACAAAAGUCAGCCCGUGGCUUCGAGACUCGCCCCGCGCAAGUCAUGCUUCCUCUCUCACCCAACCAUGGAACCUUUGGUAGCGAUGGUCUCUACUCAGAGUCUAAACUUGCUCUUGAGACCCUCUUCAACCGAUGGCACGCUGAAGAUUGGGGCAGCUACCUCACCAUCUGCGGCGCUAUCAUUGGCUGGACGCGUGGUACCGGUCUCAUGUCGGCGAACAACAUCGUGGCCGAGGGAGUCGAGAAGUUUGGCGUGCGGACAUUCUCGCAACAAGAGAUGGCUUUCAACCUGCUGGGUCUGAUGUCCCCUCAGGUCGUCGACCUGUGCCAGAUGGAGCCUGUCAUGGCGGAUCUGAACGGUGGGCUGCAGUUCAUCCCUGAUCUGAACAAGGUCAUGACCAAGCUUCGCAAGGAUAUCACAGAGACUAGUGAAAUCCGCAGGGCUGUCAGCAAGGAGAAUGCUUUGGAAUUUGCCGUCAUCAACGGCUCAGAGGCCGAGGCGCUUCACAAGUCGAGGAAGAUCGAGCCCCGUGCCAACAUCAAGUUUGAAUUCCCUCCUCUGCCUGACUGGAAGCAAGAUGUCGCUCCUCUCAACGCGAACCUCAAGGGUAUGGUCGAUCUGGACAAGGUUGUGGUUGUCACUGGUUUUGCAGAAGUUGGGCCAUGGGGCAACUCUCGUACCAGAUGGGAAAUGGAGGCUUAUGGUCAAUUCUCACUUGAGGGCUGCAUAGAGAUGGCUUGGAUUAUGGGUCUCAUCAAGAACCACAACGGUCCUAUCAAGGGCAAGCCAUAUUCUGGCUGGGUCGACGGCAAAACUGGCGAGCCAGUUGAUGACAAGGACGUCAAGGCCAAAUAUGAGAAGCAGAUCAUCGAGCACUCCGGUAUCAGACUCAUCGAGCCUGAGCUUUUCGAUGGCUACGACCCCAACAAGAAGCAACUGCUUCACGAGGUCGUCAUCGAAGAGGACCUGGAUCCUUUCGAGACCUCCAAGGAGACUGCCGAAGAGUUCAAGCGUGAGCACGGAGAGAAGGUUGAGAUCUUCGAGGUCACCGAGACGGGCCAGUACACUGUCCGCAUGAAGAAGGGAGCUGGUCUCUGGAUUCCAAAGGCCCUGCGGUUCGACCGUCUGGUUGCAGGCCAGAUCCCCACGGGCUGGGAUGCCAAGCGUUAUGGUGUUCCCGACGAUAUCAUCGAACAAGUGGACCCAGUUGCCCUCUUCGUCCUCGUAUCUACGGCCGAGGCGCUUAUUUCUGCCGGUAUCACGGACCCGUACGAGUUCUACAAGUAUGUCCAUGUUUCCGAGGUUGGCAACUGCGUUGGCUCUGGUAUGGGAGGAGCUGCAGCUCUCCGAGGUAUGCACCGGGACCGGUUCCUCGAUAAACCACUGCAGAACGAUAUCCUGCAGGAGUCUUUCAUCAACACCAUGGCUGCAUGGGUCAAUAUGUUGUUGAUUUCCUCUUCUGGUCCGAUCAAGACGCCCGUUGGUGCUUGCGCGACGGCUGUUGAGUCCGUCGAUAUUGGUUAUGAGACUAUCAUGGAAGGCAAGGCCCGUGUCUGCUUCGUUGGCGGCUUUGACGAUUUUGGUGAGGAAGGCUCUUACGAGUUUGCGAACAUGAAAGCAACCAGCAACGCCGUCGAUGAGUUUGCUCAUGGUCGCACACCUAAGGAGAUGUCUCGGCCUACCACCACCACCAGGAACGGCUUCAUGGAGUCUCAAGGAUGUGGUGUCCAGGUCAUCAUGACUGCCAAGCUUGCUCUCGAUAUGGGAGUCCCCAUCCAUGGCAUCCUCGCUCUAACUACAACCGCUUCGGACAAGAUUGGUCGUUCUGUGCCGGCUCCCGGCCAGGGUGUGCUGACAACGGCUCGCGAGAACCCUGGCAAAUUCCCGUCGCCUCUGCUUGACAUCAAGUACAGGAGGCGCCAGAUCGAGCUCCGCAAGAGCCAGAUCAAGCAAUGGGCUGCUAAUGAGCGGGAAUACCUCGCCGAAGAAGUUGAGGCCAUGAAGUCCCAGGGCACCGAGUUCGACGAGAAGUCCUACACUGUCGACCGUGUCCAGCACAUCAAGAAGGAGGCCGAGAGGCAGGAGAAGGAGGUUCUGCGCAGUUUUGGCAACAACUUCUGGAAGCAGGACACCAGCAUCGCUCCCCUCCGUGGAGCUCUGGCUACAUGGGGUCUCACCAUCGACGACCUUGAUGUUGCCUCUUUCCACGGUACUUCCACCAAGGCCAACGACAAGAACGAGUCGUCUGUCAUUUGCCAGCAGCUGGAGCACCUGGGCCGCAAGAAGGGCAAUGCCGUGCUGGGUAUCUUCCAGAAAUAUCUCACCGGUCACCCCAAGGGUGCCGCAGGUGCAUGGAUGAUGAACGGUUGUCUGCAAGUGCUCAACACCGGUCUAGUUCCAGGCAACCGCAACGCCGACAAUGUUGACGAGGUCAUGGAGAAGUUCGACUACAUUGUGUACCCCAGCCGCAGCAUUCAGACCGAUGGCAUCAAGGCAUUCUCCUACCUCUUUGCGACUCUCGACGAGGCCACAUACAGGUCUUACAGCACGAGGCUCGCCGCCAGACAGAAGAAGGCUUACCGUUUCUUCCACAAUGGCAUGAUCAACAAUACCCUCUUCGUUGCUAAAACUCAUGCUCCUUACACCGACGAGCAGCUUAGCUCGGUCUUACUCAACCCCGAUGCCCGUGUCACCGAAAACAAGAAGUCGGCCGAGCUUACCUUCCCCUCCAAUUUCAUGUCGCUGUCUAGGAAGACCAUCGAAGCGGAGAAGGAGAUGACUGCAUACGAGACGAUACAAGAGCUUGCCGCGCAACUGCGGACCAAGCAUUCCAACGUCGGUGUCGAUGUUGAGGAUAUCCCCAGUUUCAACAUCGAGAAUGACACUUUCAUUGAGCGAAAUUUCACGGCAAAGGAGAUCGCGUAUUGCAAGAAAGCCUCGCAGCCAAGGAGUUCUUUCGCCGGCAAGUGGAGCGCGAAGGAGGCCGUCUUCAAGAGCUUCAACGCUCCCAGCAUGGGUGGCGGUGCUCCCUUGAUUGACAUCGAAGUACUGAACAACGAAAAUGGUGCUCCUGUCGUCCAUCUUCACGGUCGCGCUGCCGAGGUGGCCAAGGAGAUUGGCGUGUCGGACAUCAGUGUUUCCAUCUCCCACGCAGACAGACAGAGCUUCGCCAUUGCUCUGGCUAAGCUCGAGUAG